UGGACGGAAAUGGAUCGAAUAACUUAAAGGAACUUUAUUUGGAGACAAACUUAAUCAGUGAUAUUGCGAACAUAACCAACCUCCCGAGUUUGCAAGUACUUGUGUUAGAAAAUAAUCCACGCAUUGGGAAUAUUGAUUUCGCAACAUUCUCACGAAUGGUUAAACUCUGGAAGCUGGAUCUCGAAAAUACUGGGAUGACCAAAAUUACAAACAGUCUAAAAUUAAAUCUAAACGAACUGGUACGCCUCGAUUUAUCCCACAACCAGUUAACCUACAUCGACAUGCAGUUAUUCCAGACGUUUCCCAAACUGGAACAUUUAUGGCUCAAUGGAAACAAAAUUUACUUCAUGGAGAUGGAGCCGAUUCGCACCAUUGUUCCUGAUAUCAGAAGCAUUGUAAUCGAUGACAAUUACUGGGGCUGUCAACAUCUAUCGAUCGUCAGCAACUACCUACUGGAAAACGGAGUGAUCAUCCGUACUGGUGAAUGCAAGUCCCGAGCGGUUCAUAAAGUAUGUUGUUCUGAUACCACCGAUCUGGUCGACAAUCGCUACAUUAUCGAAAUGAACAUCAAAACCGAAAACAGACUCGAUAGCGAAAUUACGGCCUUGGAGGAGGACAACUCCCAGCUGCGACAACUUGUUGAGAAUAUGCGGAAACAGCUGAACAGUUUGAUCCUCAACUACACCAUCAUGAUGGCGGAAAUGAGAGAUACCCCAAUUCAGGCAUUCCAGGCCGAUCCUACGCCAGCCUUGUCCGAAUCAGUGGAGGAUUAUUCGUACGAAAGUGACGAACAGGAACGGCACAGUGAUUCGGCGUCUGAACAAGAUGCCACCACCGAAGAAACUAGUGAGGAACAAAGCACUGCAGAUAAUCUUGUUCAAAAUUGCGGAAUAAGGAAUUCGCACAGUAGUAACGACUCCCAAGUUACUGUAGUACAUGUAGCGCACUCGAACAGUUUCAAACUGAUCAUCGUGGAAACAUAUGUUCAUGACAGUGAACUGAUAAGAAAGCAUCAUCGAGUCCGCAAUCUUAAGAACAGAGCAACAAAGUUGUGCUUGUUCAGAACGGUUGAAAGAGAAAUGGCGCCAUCAUUUUGGUAUUUCGUCUUAAUAGGACUGUGUAUCCUGGCACAAAUUGUCGACAGCCGGCGGGAAAUAAAGUUCAACUGUACUUUGACGGCAAACUACUACGACUGUCUGUUUCGCGAUGUGAUCAUUCGAAGCGAGUCAGAAGCCGACAGUAUCUUCUUCGGUGAGCAGAAUUUCAACGAUACAAGCAUUGCAUUCCGCGAUUGUUCGAUGGUGGUUCUACCGAAGAAAAUAUUCGAAACAUUUCCUGCGAUUCAGUAUCUUUCGAGUGAUGCUUGCAAUAUCCAGAAGCUCCUUGGUGGCACCUUUGCAAACGCACAACGACUGCAGGAGCUGCAUUUGUAUAACAACAAAAUUUCCAAACUGAAUAACUUUGUUUUCAAUGGAGCACUGCAACUGGAGAUUUUAUCGCUUUACAACAAUACCAUCAAAUAUCUGGAGGAACAUGCGUUUGACGGACUAGGUCAUUUGCGGCAGCUAUACAUGGACGAUAAUUUGAUUGAAAAGUUACCGGAGAGUUUAUUUUCCGGAUUGGAAGAACUUCAAGUACUGGAAUUACAGAACAACAAAAUUAAAGAAAUUAACGAUGAUCAAUUCAUUCUUUGCUCGAUGUUAAGAGAACUUAAUCUUUCCACAAACAUGAUCAAUACAUUCAAUAUGACGCAGCUCGUUGGAUUAAACAAAUUGGAAAUAUUGGAUAUAGGUAAAAACUAUUUGGACGAAGUUCUUGUGACCAAAUAUCUUCGUACUUUAAAUGCACAGGAAAAUCAAGUCAGCAGAAUACUAAUGGAUCAGGGUGACUUCUUUCAACUGACUCACCUAAAUCUAUCACGUAAUAAUAUAGCCAACAUUAACAAUAUUUUCAAAUUCCGUAAUUUGAUUGAACUGGAUGUGUCAUACAAUGAGCUCAUAACAAUCGAUUUUGUAAUAUUCGCCUUCAUGAAAAACCUCAAGGAAAUAAAACUGAACAACAAUCACCUGUGGAUUAUAGAUAAUGGCAUUCCGGCACCAGCAAAAUCCCUUCGAAACCUGAAUCUCGCUCACAACAAAUUUUUGUUCAUUGAUUUAGCAGUUUUCGAUACAUUUCCGGCACUGGAAAACAUCUAUCUCCAUGGGAACGAGCUAAUCGAUAUGCGUAUCGAGGAUGUGGAGCAAAACUUCCCCUACCUGUCGCUUGUUUCCACCGACAACAACGACUGGGACUGUAUCAAUUUGAUGAACAUCGUUACCACGCUGGAGCGGGCUUACGUAAAGUGGUCCGCCGGAAAUCGCAACUGCACCAAACCUGAACAGCACAAGUUUAUCUGCUGCACUUCGAUGGAUCAUCAUCUAAGGGAGAAAAUCGUUCGUCUCACCAAAGAGAUCUACAAAUCUCGAAAAAUGAUUAAACAGCUGAUCAUGGAGAAUGCUGAGCUGCGGACGGAGGCAAUGAAGAAAUGGAUGCAGAAGAUCAAGGCAGCGGAGGAGAAUACUAAGUCAGUACGGAUGACGAUGGAAACCAGCCUAUUCUCACACUGGGGGAAGUUAAAGAUUCCAUUCAACAGCUCAAGAACAAUUGAGCAGUUGGACGAGCACGGCUUCGUCGGACAGCUCAUAAGUCCAAUUAAAGCUACGAUAGAGGGGGUGCGAAACUGUGUGAGGAUAUCGGUUCAAGCUCAUCAUCGGCGGAGAAAUAACGAAAUGGUAGCAACGAAAAGUGUAGCUUUUUUGCUGUGUUUGCUCUACAUGAUCAAACUCUCAACAGCAAGGGACUACAAGUGUGUGCAAGAAGAAAAUCAGUGUAUAUUUCGUGAUGUUCAACUGAAAUCUACUGAUUCACUCACGAAAACCACAUUUUCAUCGGACGUGAAUUCACCGAAGGUAUUAAAAUUCGAAUCAUCAUCAAUAGUUCAGCUUCCGCCAGCGAUCUUCCAAAAGUUCCCCAAUAUUGAAGUGCUGGAUGCAAGUUUUUGUGGACUAAAAAAUCUUCAAAGUGAUUCGUUCUCCGAUGCCAGGAAUAUCAGAGAAGUGAAUCUUACCGGGAAUAAAAUUGCAAUAUUACGAAACUUCGCUUUCGAUGGAGCACCAAAAAUCAGUAACUUGGACCUCACUCAAAAUGACAUCAGUGAAAUACAGGAAAAUGUAUUCGAUGGAUUGACUGAGCUGAAAAUUCUAAGUCUGGGGAAUAACCGACUUGCCACCCUACCAUCUAGAUUGUUCAACGCUUUAUCCUCUUUGGAGGUCGUAGAGCUACAAAAUAACUUGCUCUCCAAAAUCGAUGACGAUAUGUUUACGCGCUGUACAUCUUUAAUAACGUUGAAUGUUUCCCACAAUGCACUGCAAAAAUUUGACCUCCGUCAAUUUCUAAGGGAUUGGUCGGUAGAUGCCAUCGAUGUUAGUUUCAACCGACUUAAAACCAUUCGCAUUCCAAAAAAUCUGCGAAAACUUGUCGCCUCCAACAAUCAAAUUCGAUCAGUUGAAGCAAUCGGAAAGGAUCCAGCACUAAUUUUUCUCAGACUGUCGCACAACAAACUAACAAGUGUUGACCAAAUUCCAAGUUUGAACAAACUAAUCACUCUGGAUAUGUCCUACAAUCAGUUACAAGAUUUUGAUUUCAAUUCGGUUACAAAAUUCAAAAACCUAAUUCUACUGAAAUUGGAUGGGAAUCAACUGUCAACCAUAUCCAAUACGCUGACGAGCGACGUAACCUAUUUGAAGUAUGUUCAUCUGGCCCACAAUCGACUGACUCAUUUGGACAUGGACGUUCUAAGGACUGUACCACGAAUCAUUAAGCUAGACCUCGGUUACAACAAACUUACAGAGCUGACAGCAAAACGCUUAAGUGAUAAAUUUCCGGUGCUAGUUCGCCUCGUAUUAGAUGGAAACGAUUUCCGGUGUGAGCAGAGUUCUGAACUGAUGAAGGAUCUUAAAUAUGCCAGCACCGAAUAUAAGAGCACCUCCAAUCAGUGCAAGGUAGAGCAACGUCUGGUGAAUGGAAUUUGCUGCUUCUAGGAGGAUAGCUUAAUUCUAAUGAACACUUUUUUAGUAACGCGAAUACAAUAUUUACUUUUAACACA